AUGCAUAAUCAAGUCAUUAAUAAAUUAACUACACAUUUUAUUGAUUCACCAAAGUUGGAUAAAAAUAAUAGCAUAGAUACAGAAGGUGAGCAUCAAACUAAUUCUUAUUGGGUUUUAGAUUUAUAUUGUCUGCUAUAUAGAGAAAAUCAUAUGAGUUUAUAUAGUAAGUGGUGGCUAAAUAAUCGAAAUAAAAAUACAUAUUAUUUAUAUUGCACUAAUUUAAGAGAGCCAGGAAUUCCACUUGAUGAUAUACUAAAAGCAUAUUCAGGUAAUUCAAAACAGAUUCAGGAGUUAAAAACUCAAUGCUUCACAAUAUCCAUUCCUUGGAAUAAUGCUCUUAUUUUACUAGAUAAAAGCAUAGUCCUGGAAGCAUAG